AUGGCAUCUUUCUUGGACAAGGCAAAUUCUGCUCUUUCAGAAGCCAAAGAUUCUGCUACAGCCACCGCUGAUUCCGUCGGUGCCUCUCUCACUGAUGCUCAGAAAACCGUCACUGAUGCUCAGAAAACCGCCACUGAAACCGCCACGACCUCUCUAACUGAUGCUCAAAAAACCGUUGCAGACUCUACUGAAGCGAUCAAGUCGGAGGCCGCAGCCGUACCGGAAAAAGCGUCUGAUGUGUCCACAAAGGCAAGAGAUGCAGUGGACGGUGCUCUAUCAAGAGGUAUAGAAGGAGCCAAAAACUUGCUUAGUGUUUUUGAGGAGAAGAGGACUGAAGUUUCCUCCAAGCUCGUUGGAGCUGUCACUAAUGCUGUUGGUGGAGCAUCAAGCAGCACAAACCGAGACCUUCCCUUAUCCACAGACAAUCAGCCUUUGUUGAGUGGUGAGCGUGGAGGUGAGACGCCGUGGUGGAAGAACUGUUGUGGGGUUCUUGAUCUUCUCAAGACAUCUUCAUCUACUACAAAAUGA